AUGAAAAUGAUAGAAAUGCACGCUAUAAUUUUUAUUUAGUAAUUAUUAAUAAAUAAAAGAUACAUAUAAGUAAAUAUAUAUAUAUUAUAGAAAUUAUGGAUGAUAAUCACCUAUUGGAGAUAUUUGGGCAAUAUGAUCAUUAAUUAAUUUAUAAUUAUUAAGUACAGUAAAAAUGACAGAAGCUAAUGAAAAAGGUAAUAUAAAAUAAUAAGAUAUGAAAUUAAAAUAUUUAGCUACAAUAUCAGGAACAGAAAAAGGAAAAUAUAGAAAACCAGAAAGAGGAAUGGUUAGAUAGAUUUUAAUUUUUAGAAAUGUUUGUUAGAAUAGCAGAAGAUAAAUAUAUAAAAAAUUGUAUUGUUAAAUCAUUUGAAGAAGCUCUUUAAUGGAUAUGGAAUGAUCAUUUAAAAAAAGAAUUUAAUAAAUAUCAUACUUAAAUAUUUAGAGAUAAUAAAUUUUGAAAUGAAUAAUGUGAUAUUUGUAUGA